AUGGUCGUGGACGUGGACGUUGACGUGGACGUGGACAUGGACGUGGACGUGGACGUGGACGUGGACAUGGACGUGGACGUGGACGUGGAGGACGUGGACAUGGACGUGGACGUUGACGUGGACCUGGACGUGGACGUGGAGAUGGACGUGGACGUGGACGUGGACGUGGACGUGGACGUGGACUUGGACGUGGACGUGGACGUGGACAUGGACGUGGACGUGGACGUGGACGUGGACAUGGACGUGGACGUGGACGCGUGGACGUGGACGUGGAGGACUUGGAGACGUGGACGAGGAUUCGACGUGGACGUGGACGUGGACAUGGACGUGGACGUGGACGUUGACAUGGACGUGGACGUGGACGUGGACGUGGACAUGGACGUGGACGUGGACAUGGACGUGGACGUGGACGUGGACGUGGACGUGGACGUGGACGUGGACAUGGACGUGGACGUGGACGUGGACAUGGACGUGGACGUGGACGUGGACGUGGACGUGGACGUGGACGUGGACUUGGACGUGGACUUGGACGUGGACGUGGACGUGGACGUGGACGUGGACGUGGACAUGGACGUGGACGUGGACGUGGACGUAGACGUGGACGUGGACGUGGACGUGGACGUGGUGGUGGACGUGGACGUGGUCGUGGACGUGGACGUGGACCUGGACGUGGACGUGGACGUGGACGUGGACGUGGACGACGUGGACCUGGACGUGGACGUGGACCUGGUCGUGGACGUGGACGUGGACGUGGACGUGGAUGUGGACGUGGACAUGGACGUGGAGGACGUGGACAUGGACGUGGACGUUGACGUGGACGUGGACGUGGACGUGGAGAUGGACGUGGACGUGGACGUGGACGUGGACGUAGACUUGGACGUGGACGUGGACGUGGACGUGGACGUGGACGUGGACGUGGACGUGGACGUGGACGUGGACGUGGACGUGGACGUGGACGUGGACGUGGACGUGGACAUGGACGUGGACGUGGACGUGGACGUGGACAUGGUCGUGGACGUGGACGUGGACGUGGACGUGGACAUGGACGUGGACGUGGACGUGGACGUGGACAUGGACGUGGACGUGGACGUGGAGGACGUGGACAUGGACGUGGACGUUGACGAGGACGUGGACCUGGACAUGGACCUGGAGAUGGACGUGGACGUGGACGUGGACGUGGACGUGGACUUGGACGUGGACGUGGACGUGGACAUGGACGUGGACGUGGACAUGGACGUGGACGUGGACGUGGACAUGGACGUGGACGUGGACGUGGACGUGGACAUGGACGUGGACGUGGACGUGGAGGACUUGGAGGUGGACAUGGACGUGGACGUGGACGUGGACAUGGACGUGGACGUGGACGUGGACGUGGACGUGGACGUGAACAUGGACGUGGAGGUGGACGUGGACGUGGACAUGGACGUGGACGUGGAAGUGGACGUGGACGUGGACGUGGACGUGGACAUGGACGUGGACGUGGACGUGGAGAUGGACGUGGACGUGGACGUGGACAUGGAGGUGGACGUGGACGUGGACCUGGACGUGGACGUGGACGUGGACGUGGACGUGGACGUGGUCGUGGUCGUGGACGUGGACACGGACGUGGUCGUGGACGUGGACACGGACGUGGACGUGGACGUGGACACGGACGUGGACACGGACGUGGUCGUGGACGUGGACACGGACGUGGACGUGGACGUGGACACGGACGUGGACGUGGACGUGGACGGGGACGUGGACGUGGACGUGGACGGGGACGUGGACGUGGACGUGGACGUGGACAUGGACGUGGACACGGACGUGGACGUGGACGUGGACGUGGACGUGGACGUGGACGUGGACGUGGAGUACGUGGACAUGGACGUGGACGUUGACGUGGACGUGGACCUGGACGUGGACGUGGAAAUGGACGUGGACGUGGACGUGGACGUGGACUUGGACGUGGACGUGGACGUGGACGUGGACGUGGACGUGGACGUGGAGGGACGACUGGACGUGGACGUGGACGUGGACAUGGACGUGGACGUGGACGUUGACGUGGACGUGGACGUGGACAUGGACGUGGACGUGGACGUGGACGUGGACGUGGACAUGGACGUGGACGUGGACGUGGACAUGGACGUGGACGUGGUCGUGGACGUGGACGUGGACCUGGACGUGGACGUGGACGUGGACCUGGACAUGGACGUGGACGUGGACGUGGACGUGGACGUGGACGUGGACAUGGUCGUGGACGUGGACGUGGACAUGGACGUGGACGUGGACGUGGACAUGGACGUGGACGUGGACGUGGACGUGGACAUGGACGUGGACGACGUGGACAUGGACGUGGACGUAAACGUGGUCGUGGACGUGGUCGUGGACGUGGUCGUGGACGUGGACGUGGACGUGGUCGUGGACGUGGACGUGGACGUGGACAUGGACGUGGACGUGGACGUGGACGUGGACGUGGACAUGGACGUGGACGUGGACGUGGACGUGGACGUGGACGUGGACAUGGUCGUGGACGUGGACCUGGUCGUGGACGUGGACGUAGACCUGGUCGUGGACGUGGACGUGGACGUGGACGUGGACGUGGACGUGGACGUGGACGUGGACGUGGACGUGGACAUGGACGUGGAGGACGUGGACGUGGACGUGGAGAUGGACGUGGACGUGGACGUGGAGAUGGACGUGGACGUGGACGGAAACUUGGACGUGGACGUGGACGUGGACGUGGACGUGGACAUGGACGUGGAGGACGUGGACGUGGACGUGGACGUGGACAUGGUCGUGGACGUGGACGUGGACGUGGACAUGGACGUGGACGUGGACGUGGACAUGGACGUGGACGUGGACGUAGACAUGGACGUGGACGUGGACGUGGACGUGGACAUGGACGUGGACGUGGACGUGGACGUGGACGUGGACGUGGACGUGGACAUGGACGUGGACGUGGACGUGGACGUGGACGUGGUCGUGGACAUGGUCGUGGACGUGGACGUGGACGUGGACGUGGACGACGUGGACGUGGACGUGGACGUGGAGAUGGACGUGGACGUGGACGUGGACGUGGACGUAGACUUGGACGUGGACGUGGACGUGGACGUGGACGUGGACGUGGACGUGGACGUGGACGUGGACGUGGACGUGGACGUGGACCUGGACGUGGACGUGGACGUGGACCUGGUCGUGGACGUGGACGUGGACGUGGACGUGGACGUGGACGUGGACGUGCACGUGGACAUGGACGUGGACGUGGACGUGGACGUGGAGAUGGACGUGGACAUGGACGUGGACGUAGACUUGGACGUGGACGUGGACGUGGACCUGGACGUGGACGUGGACGUGGACGUGGACGGGGACGUGGACAUUGUCGUGGACGUGGACGUGGACGUGGACAUGGACGUGGACGUGGACGUGGACGUGGACGUGGACGUGGACGUGGACGUGGACGUGGACGUGGACGUGGACGUGGACGUGGACGUGGACGUGGACCUGGACUUGGACGUGGACGUGGACGUGGACGUGGACGUGGACGUGGACGUGGACGUGGAGGUGGACGUGGACGUGAACGUGGACGUGGAGGUGGACGUGGACGUGGACGUGGACGUGGACGUGGACGUGGAAGUGGACGUGGACGUGGACGUGGACGUGGACGUGGACAUGGACGUGGACGUGGACGUGGACGUGGACGUGGACAUGGUCGUGGACGUGGACAUGGUCGUGGACGUGGACGUAGACCUGGUCGUGGACGUGGACGUGGACGUGGACGUGGACGUGGACGUGGACGUGGACGUGGACGUGGACAUGGACGUGGAGGACGUGGACGUGGACGUGGAGAUGGACGUGGACGUGGACGUGGAGAUGGACGUGGACGUGGACGGAAACUUGGACGUGGACGUGGACGUGGACGUGGACGUGGACAUGGACGUGGACGUGGACGUGGACGUGGACGUGGACGUGGACAUGGUCGUGGACGUGGACGUGGACGUGGACAUGGACGUGGACGUGGACGUGGACAUGGACGUGGACGUGGACGUGGACAUGGACGUGGACGUGGACGUGGACGUGGACGUGGACGUGGACGUGGACGUGGACGUGGACGUGGACGUGGACGUGGACGUGGACGUGGUCGUGGACAUGGUCGUGGACGUGGACGUGGACGUGGACGUGGACGUGGACGACGUGGACGUGGACGUGGACGUGGAGAUGGACGUGGACGUGGACGUGGACGUGGACGUAGACUUGGACGUGGACGUGGACGUGGACGUGGACGUGGACGUGGACGUGGACGUGGACGUGGACGUGGACGUGGACGUGGACCUGGACGUGGACGUGGACGUGGACCUGGUCGUGGACGUGGACGUGGACGUGGACGUGGACGUGCACGUGGACAUGGACGUGGACGUGGACGUGGACGUGGAGAUGGACGUGGACAUGGACGUGGACGUGGACGUAGACUUGGACGUGGACGUGGACGUGGACGUGGACCUGGACGUGGACGUGGACGUGGACGUGGACGGGGACGUGGACAUUGUCGUGGACGUGGACGUGGACGUGGACAUGGACGUGGACGUGGACGUGGACGUGGACGUGGACGUGGACGUGGACGUGGACGUGGACGUGGACGUGGACAUGGACGUGGACGUGGACGUGGACGUGGACCUGGACUUGGACGUGGACGUGGACGUGGACGUGGACGUGGACGUGGACGUGGACGUGGACGUGGAGGUGGACGUGGACGUGAACGUGGACGUGGAGGUGGACGUGGACGUGGACGUGGACGUGGACGUGGACGUGGAAGUGGACGUGGACGUGGACGUGGACGUGGACGUGGACGUGGACGUGGACAUGGACGUGGACAUGGACGUGGACGUGGACGUGGACAUGGACGUGGACGUGGACGUGGACGUGGACGUGGACGUGAACAUGGACGUGGAGGUGGACGUGGACGUGGACAUGGACGUGGACGUGGAAGUGGACGUGGACGUGGACGUGGACGUGGACAUGGACGUGGACGUGGACGUGGAGAUGGACGUGGACGUGGACGUGGACAUGCAGGUGGACGUGGACGUGGACCUGGACGUGGACGUGGACGUGGACGUGGACGUGGACGUGGUCGUGGUCGUGGACGUGGACACGGACGUGGUCGUGGACGUGGACACGGACGUGGACGUGGACGUGGACACGGACGUGGACACGGACGUGGUCGUGGACGUGGACACGGACGUGGACGUGGACGUGGACACGGACGUGGACGUGGACGUGGACGGGGACGUGGACGUGGACGUGGACGGGGACGUGGACGUGGACGUGGACGUGGACAUGGACGUGGACACGGACGUGGACGUGGACGUGGACGUGGACGUGGACGUGGACGUGGACGUGGAGUACGUGGACAUGGACGUGGACGUUGACGUGGACGUGGACCUGGACGUGGACGUGGAAAUGGACGUGGACGUGGACGUGGACGUGGACUUGGACGUGGACGUGGACGUGGACGUGGACGUGGACGUGGACGUGGAGGUGGACGUGGACGUGGACGUGGACGUGGACGUGGACGUGGACGACGUGGACAUGGACGUGGACGUAAACGUGGUCGUGGACGUGGUCGUGGACGUGGUCGUGGACGUGGACGUGGUCGUGGACGUGGACGUGGACGUGGACAUGGACGUGGACGUGGACGUGGACGUGGACGUGGACAUGGACGUGGACGUGGACGUGGACGUGGACGUGGACGUGGACGUGGACAUGGUCGUGGACGUGGACCUGGUCGUGGACGUGGACGUAGACCUGGUCGUGGACGUGGACGUGGACGUGGACGUGGACGUGGACGUGGACGUGGACGUGGACGUGGACAUGGACGUGGAGGACGUGGACGUGGACGUGGAGAUGGACGUGGACGUGGACGUGGAGAUGGACGUGGACGUGGACGGAAACUUGGACGUGGACGUGGACGUGGACGUGGACGUGGACAUGGACGUGGACGUGGACGUGGACGUGGACGUGGACGUGGACAUGGUCGUGGACGUGGACGUGGACGUGGACAUGGACGUGGACGUGGACGUGGACAUGGACGUGGACGUGGACGUGGACAUGGACGUGGACGUGGACGUGGACGUGGACAUGGACGUGGACGUGGACGUGGACGUGGACGUGGACGUGGACGUGGACGUGGACAUGGACGUGGACGUGGACGUGGACGUGGACGUGGUCGUGGACAUGGUCGUGGACGUGGACGUGGACGUGGACGUGGACGUGGACGUGGACGUGGACGUGGACGUGGACGUGGACGUGGACCUGGACCUGGACGUGGACGUGGACGUGGACGUGGACGUGGACGUGGACCUGGACGUGGACGUGGACGUGGACCUGGUCGUGGACGUGGACGUGGAGGACGUGGACGUGGACGUGGACGUGGAGAUGGACGUGGACGUGGACGUGGACGUGGACGUAGACUUGGACGUGGACGUGGACGUGGACGUGGACGUGGACGUGGACGUGGACGUGGACGUGGACGUGGACGUGGACGUGGACGUGGACCUGGACGUGGACGUAGACGUGGACCUGGUCGUGGACGUGGACGUGGACGUGGACGUGGACGUGGACGUGCACGUGGACAUGGACGUGGACGUGGACGUGGACGUGGAGAUGGACGUGGACAUGGACGUGGACGUAGACUUGGACGUGGACGUGGACGUGGACCUGGACGUGGACGUGGACGUGGACGUGGACGGGGACGUGGACAUUGUCGUGGACGUGGACGUGGACGUGGACAUGGACGUGGACGUGGACGUGGACGUGGACGUGGACGUGGACGUGGACGUGGACGUGGACGUGGACGUGGACGUGGACGUGGACGUGGACGUGGACGUGGACGUGGACCUGGACUUGGACGUGGACGUGGACGUGGACGUGGACGUGGACGUGGACGUGGACGUGGAGGUGGACGUGGACGUGAACGUGGACGUGGAGGUGGACGUGGACGUGGACGUGGACGUGGACGUGGACGUGGAAGUGGACGUGGACGUGGACGUGGACGUGGACGUGGACAUGGACGUGGACGUGGACGUGGACGUGGACGUGGACAUGGUCGUGGACGUGGACAUGGUCGUGGACGUGGACGUAGACCUGGUCGUGGACGUGGACGUGGACGUGGACGUGGACGUGGACGUGGACGUGGACGUGGACGUGGACGUGGACAUGGACGUGGAGGACGUGGACGUGGACGUGGAGAUGGACGUGGACGUGGACGUGGAGAUGGACGUGGACGUGGACGGAAACUUGGACGUGGACGUGGACGUGGACGUGGACGUGGACAUGGACGUGGACGUGGACGUGGACGUGGACGUGGACGUGGACAUGGUCGUGGACGUGGACGUGGACGUGGACAUGGACGUGGACGUGGACGUGGACAUGGACGUGGACGUGGACGUGGACAUGGACGUGGACGUGGACGUGGACGUGGACAUGGACGUGGACGUGGACGUGGACGUGGACGUGGACGUGGACGUGGACAUGGACGUGGACGUGGACGUGGACGUGGACGUGGUCGUGGACAUGGUCGACGUGGACGUGGACGUGGACGUGGAGAUGGACGUGGACGUGGACGUGGACGUGGACGUAGACUUGGACGUGGACGUGGACGUGGACGUGGACGUGGACGUGGACGUGGACGUGGACGUGGACGUGGACCGUGGAUACUUGGACGUGGACGUGGACGUGGACGUGGACCUGGACGUGGACGUGGACGUGGACGUGGACGGGGACGUGGACAUUGUCGUGGACGUGGACGUGGACGUGGACAUGGACGUGGACGUGGACGUGGACGUGGACGUGGACGUGGACGUGGACGUGGACGUGGACGUGGACGUGGACGUGGACGUGGACAUGGACGUGGACGUGGACGUGGACGUGGACCUGGACUUGGACGUGGACGUGGACGUGGACGUGGACGUGGACGUGGACGUGGACGUGGAGGUGGACGUGGACGUGAACGUGGACGUGGAGGUGGACGUGGACGUGGACGUGGACGUGGACGUGGACGUGGAAGUGGACGUGGACGUGGACGUGGACGUGGACGUGGACGUGGACGUGGACAUGGACGUGGACAUGGACGUGGACGUGGACGUGGACAUGGACGUGGACGUGGACGUGGACAUGGAGGUGGAGGUGGACGUGGACGUGGACGUGGACCUGGACGUGGACGUGGACGUGGACGUGGACGUGGACGUGGACAUGGUCGUGGACGUGGACGUGGACAUGGACGUGGACGUGGACGUGGACAUGGACAUGGACGUGGACGUGGACGUGGACGUGGAGGUGGACGUGGACGACGUGGACAUGGACGUGGACGUGGACGUGGACGUGGACCUGGUUGUGGACGUGGACGUGGACGUGGACGUGGACGUGGACGUGGUCGUGGACGUGGACGUGGACGUGGACGUGGAGGACGUGGACAUGGACGUGGACGUGGACGUGGUCGUGGACGUGGUUGUGGACGUGGACGUGGACGUGGACGUGGACGUGGUCGUGGACGUGGUCGUGGACGUGGACGUGGACGUGGACGUGGACGUGGACGUGGACCUGGACGUGGACGUGGACGUGGACGUGGACGUGGACGUGGACGUGGACAUGGUCGUGGACGUGGACGUGGACGUGGACGUGGACGUGGACCUGGUCGUGGACGUGGACAUGGUCGUGGACGUGGACGUAGACCUGGUCGUGGACGUGGACGUGGACGUGGACGUGGACAUGGACGUGGAGGACGUGGACAUGGACGUGGACGUUGACGUGGACGUGGACGUGGAGAUGGACGUGGACGUGGACGUAAACUUGGACGUGGACGUGGACAUGGACGUGGACGUGGACAUGGACGUGGACGUGGACGUGGACGUGGACGUGGACGUGGAUAUGGACGUGGACGUGGACGUGGACGUGGACGUAGACUUGGACGUGGACGUGGACGUGGACGUGGACGUGGACGUGGACGUGGACGUGGACCUGGACGUGGACGUGGACGUGGACCUGGUCGUGGACGUGGACGUGGACGUGGACGUGGACGUGGACAUGGACGUGGACGUGGACGUGGACGUGGAGAUGGACGUGGACAUGGACGUGGACGUGGACGUAGACUUGGACGUGGACGUGGACGUGGACGUGGACGUGGACCUGGACUUGGACGUGGACGUGGACGUGGACGUGGACGUGGACAUGGUCGUGGACGUGGACGUGGACGUGGACGUGGACGUGGACGUGGACCUGGACUUGGACGUGGACGUGGACGUGGACGUGGACGUGGACAUGGACGUGGACGUGGACGUGGACGUGGACGUGGACAUGGACGUGGAUGUGGACGUGGACUUGGACGUGGACGUGGACGUGGACGUGGACUUGGACGUGGACGUGGACGUGGACGUGGACGUAAACCGUGGACUUGGACACGUGGACAUGGACGCGGACGUGGACGUGGACAUGGACGUGGACGUGGACGUGGACGUGGACAUGGACGUGGACGUGGACGUGGACGUGGACGUGGACGUGGACGUGGACGUGGACGUGGUCGUGGACGUGGACGUGGACGUGGACGUGGUCAUGGACGUGGACGUGGACGUGGACAUGGACGUGGACAUGGACGUGGAUGUGGACGUGGACGUGGACGUGGACGUGGGCGUGGACGUGGACGUGGACGUGGACGUGGACGUGAACAUGGACGUGGAGGUGGAGGUGGAGGUGGACGUGGACGUGGACGUGGACGUGGACAUGGACGUGGACGUGGACGUGGACGUGGACGUGGACAUGGUCUUGGACGUGGAGGUGGACGUGGACGUGGACGUGGACAUGGACGUGGACGUGGACGUGGACAUGGACGUGGACGUGGACGUGGACGUGGAGGACGUGGACAUGGACGUGGACGUGGACGUGGACGUGGACGUGGACAUGGACGUGGACGUGGAGGUGGACAUGGAGGUGGACAUGGACGUGGACGUGGAGGUGGACGUAGACAUGGACGUGGACGUGGACGUGGACGUGGACGUGGACAUGGACGUGGACGUGGACGUGGACAUGGACGUGGACGCUGACGUGGAGGACGUGGACAUGGACGUGGACGUUGACGUGGACGUGGACAUGGACGUGGACGUGGAGAUGGACGAGGACGUGGACGUGGACGUGGACGUGGACUUGGACGUGGACGUGGAUGUGGACAUGGACGUGGACGUGGACGUGGACGUGGACUUGGACGUGGACGUGGACGUGGACGUGGACGUGGACGUGGACGUGGACAUGGACAUGGUCGUGGACGUGGACGUGGACGUGGAUGUGGACUGGGACGUGGACGUGACAUGGACGUGGACGUGGACGUGGAGGACUGGAGGGGACAUGGACGUGGACGUGGACGUGGACGUGGACGUGACGGGCGUGGGCGUGGACGUGGACGUGGGCGUGGACGUGGACGUGGACGUGGACGUGGAGGUGGACGGGACGUGA